AUGGCGGACCGCUUGAUCCACCAGCGCGUGUUCAAAGUGUCCAAGGAGCUGAACCGACUGGAUAUGUUGUGCGAGCAGCACCGCCGCCACAUCGGCCACCGCGACGGCCAGCCGGACUGGGAGCAGCCACGCACGCCUGCCGGCAAGGCCAACGCGCGACACCAGACCACGCCAGCGUUCUUCGCGUGGAACCAAGAGCCUCAGCAGAGAUCGCAGUCGACAUGGCAACCCCAGACGCCGCAGAAGGUGGCGCGGACGUUGGACAUGACGCCGACGAGAGGGCGGGGAACGGAGGAUGACGCAGAGCCUGCGCCGGAGAGGUCGCCCUUUGAGAGAUCGAGGGAGGAAGAACGCGAGUCAGCUGCGGUGCUGCCGCCGCCUUCCGACCACGUGGAAGAUGAAGGUAUGGACGAGGAUACGGCUAUCGAGGUCGACGGUGAGGACAGGUCCGAGGAGGAGGAGCAGGCUGUCGACGGAGUGAGGUCUGUGGCUGUUAGCCCUGCCAAAGAAGAUAUCCUGGACCGAGUGGCCCCUUCAAGUUCUGCUGCUUCCGCAGUGCAGACGCGGGCUUCAAACCCGUCGCUGACUGUGGAUGCGCAUUCGUCGUCCUACCGUCCGCCUUCGAGUCCGCGGUACAGACAUGGACGACGACUUCUCGAGAGCGAUGUCGCUGUGCCAUCAUCGUGUUCCCAGGGAUAUGCAGCUGGGGUGACUACGGAGCAGGCGGAUCGCUACAGGAUGAGCCGGUCGAGCGGCAAGAGGUUCCGGUCUCCGGCUAAGCCUACGUUGUUGUGGGACGAUCUCUGCAACAGCUACAUCCAUCAGAGCGGAGGUAACAGCACCAACAGCACUAGUCAAAACGCCCCCAGCUUUUCGCACAAGCGCCUGGCGCGUUCUGCUGCCGAACGAACGUUUGGCGGUUCUUCCGUAUUUCGGACGCUCAACAUGGACACGUACGCCUGGCCUCGAUCUGGUGAGCGCCGACAUGUUUUGUCUGGGCCCGAGGCCAUGGACGUUGCUAACCGAGCGAUGCGCGAGUUUCUCGGGGAACGCGACCAAGAAUCAAAGCAAUCCGAGCCACCUGUGCAGCCUCGACAACGCACCGCUCAACACGGCAGUGUGGUGCCGGCCGCUGAAGCUGUUGAAGACGUGGCUAGUGCUUCAGGCAGCGGCAACAAGAAGAGCAAGAGAGUGUCUUUCGGCGGCAACAGUACGUAUCCGCAGCCUCGAACUCUUCCGGUACUCGCCGACAAAACGACACAGACAGACGACUCGCUUCUGACAGCUCGAAACGCCAGAAAGCAGAGACCUGACGCCCCCAAUGCUUCUCAGCGCUCGCCAGCCCGCUGUCCUGCGUGUGAUACAACUGUCGGUGACUCCGAGCGCCCAAGAAAAGUACCAAGAGGUCCUGAAGAUACUUCAGCCCAGGGUCCCCAACACAACUUCCGGCAGCUGCUGGGUCUUGAGGAUUCAAGGAAGCAACAGUUAGUGCGGAUUUACCCCAAGUAUGUCCGCCUACGCCAAGGCAGCGAGAUCCGCUACCGACUGAAGCUCACGCGACCGCCAUCGAAGGGCAAGGCCGUGACGAUCCACGUGCGGGUGAUCAUGAACAAGAUUGGCAUCACGGCGUCACCGACACAGCUCGUUGUCACGUCCAAGAACUGGAGACAAACCCGCGAGGUUACAGUCACGAGCUCGGUGGACUCGGAGUUGCGCACUUUUCAAAUUCACCACAAGAUUAAUGAGACGUACGACGAGGUCUACAACGCCACAGCGCUGCUGCCUUCACUGUUCGUCUCUGUGCUGCAGAAGGAGGCCACCUUCCUCUUCGGCUUUGGUUGCGGCAAUGACGGACGAUUGGGCACGAACGGGGACAGCAGCAUAACGACACCAACGCCAUUUUCCAGUCGGUGGCUGCAUCCUCUGCAGCUUGCAUGCGGCAAGGCUCACUCGGCCAUCGUGGACGUGUACUCCAAUCUGUACUGCUUCGGCUUGGGCGAGAAUGGGCAACUGGGGCAGGGUGAAGACAACUUGGAGUCAUCGGAAGAACCGGUGCGUAUUCUUCAGCUCACGUCGACGUGCGUGCAGUUCGUGGCAUGCGGGGCCAACCAUACACUUUGCAUGAGCGUCGAUGGGCGAGUCUACGCCUGGGGCGACAACAGCUUUGGGCAGCUAGGAAUGGGCACCAAGUCCGCGCUGCCCGUGGGAACUCCGUAUCGAGUGGAGAAGCUGGUGAGCGUUCGAGGAAUCGCUUGCGGGGGCGGGCAGUCCUUCAUCUUGACGAAGAACAAUGUGUUGGCGUCCGGUAGUAACGUUGCGGGGCAGCUUGGAAUGGGCGACCGCAUCGACCGGACCAGCUUCGAGCACAUCCCGUUCUUUCGCAAGGUGUGGCAUUCCAUGGCACUAUGCGAGAAUGGCACUUUGUUUGCUUGGGGGUUCGGCGAGGAAGGACAGUUGGGACUUCCUGAUGAAGAUCUGGAGCCUACUCGACGAGUAGCCUUGCUCCCCGUAGUAGUUCACGCGCUCUCAGGAACGGGAGCUACAAUGAUAUCGUGCGGAGGAUCGCACACG